AUGAUCGACGUUAGGAAGAUGCGCUAUACUGGCCCUGCGCUAGCGGCCUUUAAAGCCUUCACCAACGACUCCCAUGAGCACAUGAAUGGGUCGUGCGAGCAAACGACCGAAGAGGCCACGAGCAUCGAGCGGCCUUGGACCACGACCGAGUGCCAACGCCCGCCCGCAGAGGUCCCAAGCUCUGGCCGAAACAUCGGAUCGUACCCUCUCACGUCGGAGCUGUCUCCGUGGGUCAGGAGUGCCAUCGCCAAGUACCGGCCCAGCAAGGAGACGGAGGAGCUCGUGAAGCCGUUCGCGGCUUGGUUCCACGACCUGAUCGACGAGGAGAGACGAUCGAGCUCGGGCUUGCACGACUUGAACCUGAUCGAGCUUGCCUACCAGCUCACCCUCGAGGUCGGCGCGGCGUUGCUCCUCGCGGCCGACAACACGGACUGCCCCGUCAGCAUCCAGAACGAGUACCACUCCUCCAAGGCGGCCAACGACGAGCACUUCACGGCCUGGGGCAAGCUGCUCACCGGCCUGGACUGCGACCCCCCCAUCAUCGUCCUGUUCCCCUUCUACCUCAUGAUGUGCCAGGCCUUCACGCUGGAGCCCAACACCCAGCAGGCGGACUACGUGUACUCGGCCCUGACCGGGGUCGACUGGGCAAAGGGCAAGGACGAGUUCAACGACAGACUCAAGGCCUUUGAGGAUCUCGCGCGCGCCGCUGUCCCGGAGCUGGACGACGGACGUUCGGGUCAGGACCGGUCCUUCUGGCGCAUCACGCAGGGAUACGUCCGCGCCAUGAACAACUGCGAGAACACCCGAACGUUCAAGACGCCGAGGAAGGCGCGCAUCGACCACGACCUCGACCACGACCUCAUCAUCGCGGUGCGGGGCAUCGACACCAUCGGUUCGGCCUACAUGUGCAGCGACGGGGCUUCGUGGUUCGACAACGCCGGCAUCGACUCCCUCAUCGGGUCCGGGCUGGCCAACGACGUCAUGGACCUGGACAUCGACAUCAAGACGGGCGAGACCAGGAACCUGCUGCGGCUGCUCUACCCCGACGGGCUCACCCUGAAAGAGUCCAUGAGGACCAUGUCGACGAUCCUGUCGGGCCAGCUCUGCGAGUACUUCCGCGGCCACCGGCGGGCGCGUCUCGGCGGGCGCGAGGACGGGCGGGUGGCCGCGACCUCGCCGGCGUACAGCUUCUGCCGCUCGCGGCACAGGCGCAUCUUCGCGACGCUCGAGAGGUACGUCGGCCGCUACCCGGACUUUUGGCAGUGGACGUGGGAGAUCCUCCAGAUGGCCAAGGAGCAGGUCACCGAGUCCGGGCUCGCCGAGCCGCUCGUCUGCUCGCUCAAGAGGGCCGCCGCGCGCCAGCCGCUGCCCGACUCGGCGAGGAGCGGCUUCUACGACUCCUUCUACGACCUCAUCCACGACGGCGCGGCGCAGAUGGAGGCGCGCAGGCCGCUCGGCGUCAGCGAGGACCUGGCGCCCAUCGUCCGCGAGAUGCACGGCCUGUGGCACGAGCAGCUCCUCGCCACAGCCGGCGGCGGCGGCGGCGACAUGGAGCCCGGCUGGGGCGACAGGUUCGACGCGCGCUCCGAUGCCCUCCUGGGUCGGGCUGGGGAAAUCCUUGCCGCCAGGACCGCGCCCAAAGAAGACAUGUACAAGUUUGCGAUUGCGUGGGGCAGGUUGAGCAUGACGCUGCCAUUCGUCGCCUACCACACGAUUGAUGCCAUCAUCAUGGCCUUUGGGCUGGCUGAAUAG